CUACUCCAGGGGAUAGAGAUGCUGAAUGCCGGGAACCACCGAGCCCUGCCCUGCACUUAGGGCUCCUCCAGCCAAUGUUGCCUGGGGAUCACUGACCUGCUCGCCAGCCAGGGCCCGGUCCUGGGAGACCCUCAUCCUGACUUGGGCUGGCGACCUCAGCUCCAAGCCAUGGAGAAUUCAGAAGAUCGAAGAGCCAGGGUGGACCCUGAGAUCAAUGAACCCCUGAACAGCCUCGAUGUCACCCCCCUGCGCAAAUCCCGCACCCCGCUGGAGACCUUCAAAAAAAUGAGGAUCCCAAUCAUCGCAGCAGUGCUGAGCCUGGCAACCAUCAUCGUGGUGGCCAUCCUCAUCAAGGUGAUUCUGGACAAUUACUUCUUCCUCUGUGGGCAGCCCCUCCUCUUCAUCCCAAGGGAGCAGGUGUGUGACGGCCACCAGGACUGUGCCUCGGGGGAGGAUGAGCAGUACUGCGUCAAGAAACUCCCCAAUGGACCUCCAGUGUCAGUCCGCCUCUCCAGGGACCGAUCCACCUUGCAGGUGCUGGACCCCGCCACGAAGAACUGGGCCUCCGCUUGUUUUGACAACUUCACAGAAGCUCUGGCCAAGACCGCCUGUCGGCAGAUGGGCUAUGACAGCCCCUGUCUCUCAGGCUCCCUGGUUUCCCUGCAGUGCCAUGCCUGCGGACAGAGCGUGAAGGCCCCUCGGGUGGUGGGUGGGAAGGAGGCCUCUGUGGAUUCUUGGCCUUGGCAGGUCAGCAUCCAGUACAACAAACAACACAUCUGUGGAGGGAGCAUCCUAGACCCACACUGGAUCCUCACAGCUGCCCACUGCUUCUGGAAGCACCUCGAUGUGCCCAACUGGAAGGUGAGGGCUGGCUCAGACAGACUGGGCAGCUUCCCAUCCCUGCCUGUGGCCAAGAUCUUCAUCCUUGAGCCUAACACCACGCACCCCAGAGAGCACGACAUUGCCCUCGUGAAGCUGCAGCUCCCGCUCACAUACUCUGGCACAAUCAGGCCCAUCUGCCUGCCCUUCUCUGACGAGGAGCUCACUCCAGGCACCCCACUCUGGGUCAUCGGAUGGGGCUUUACAGAAGAGAACGGAGGGAAGAUGUCUGACAUACUGCAGCAGGGAUCCGUCCAGGUCAUCAACAGCACGCGGUGCAAUGCCGAGGAUGCGUACCAGGGGGAGGUCACCGAGACGAUGAUGUGUGCAGGCCUCCCGGAGGGUGGCGUGGACACCUGCCAGGGUGACAGUGGGGGCCCUCUGAUGUACCACUCUGACCGGUGGCAAGUGGUGGGCAUCGUGAGCUGGGGCCAUGGCUGUGGGGGGCCUACUACCCCAGGAGUUUACACCAAGGUCACAGCCUAUCUCAACUGGAUCUACAGUGUCCGGAAGUCUGAUCCAUGAUGCUCCUGCCCCCUGCAGUGCUGGAAACUGUUUCCCCCUAUCCUGCCCACAUGGGAAUACCCCAGAAGUCAGACACAGACCAAGAGCCCCCCUUGGGCACACCUCUCUGCCCACACUCUCAGCAUUUCUAGGUGCAGCAAAGGACCUGCAAUCCUGUAAGCCAUCCCGCAGCUCGCAGGCACCCAGGAAGUCAUCAGCUCCAGUUCAGCUGCCCAUGAUGCUCUCAGCAUCUCAAGGAGGGAGAGAUACAAGCCAGCCUCCAAGGCUGAGGUCUCAGAAGGCAUUGCUAAGCUGAGAACUUUCUACUCUAUUGAAUGGAAACAGAUGCUCUUCUAAGAGCCCAGAUCACCAAGGGCUGGAGUGGAGGGAGGAAAGGGGCUGAGCCAGCCCUCUGCCUCCCCAGCCAUCCCCAAGCCCACCUGAAAAAAAACUGUUUAUAAUGGAAAAUGUGCUGUCCAGCUCUUGGCUCAAGUGCCAUUUCUUACUGUUGUUUUUAUUGUGGCCACUGUUUAUUAACCUGGUGCGUGAAGUCUUUGACAUAGGCUGACGGGGCUGCUUGAAAAGGGUUGAGCUAAAGACUACCAAACUAUGAUCUUUGUUCCUUGGCCUGGGUAGGAAAAGAUCUAUGGGAAAUGAUUGAUUCUCAAAGUAGAAGAAAAGGAGACAUGGGUACCAGAGCUGAUGGGUGGCGGCACCCCACCUAGGGGGCAACAGUGAACAGCUGACCAGGGAAGCCAGGGGUCAGUAAGUGUGUUUUCUACACAGGGGACUUGUCCCACUGCCUUCCUCCCCUUCCUCUCUGCCCUGAUAUCAGCCACAAGCAAGAGAGAGAGGAUUUGGGCUUUCAAGGCUGACUUUGAAUUACGGCUCCCCAAGAGGCUGGGAAAAGGUAUUGCAACUCUA